GCUAUAAAUCAAAUGUUAUUAAAUAAAGUCGAAAAUCAUCACAUCACUGUCAACUAUAAAAAUAUUUUUGAAGGGUUUUUUUAUAAUAUAUAUUAUUUUUACAUCGAUUAAAAUGAAAAAUAGUCAUUUAUCUUAAUAAAAAUUUACAACCGGGUUCUUUUAUGUAACUACCGUAGGUACUAAUGCCCGUUGCUUAAAUAAUUCCUACAUGGUAUCUUGUAAUAAUUACAAAAUCGUGAAAAUAGAUAUAACUUCAAGGAACGGUGUCAUAAAAUAUUUUUCUAGUAAUAUGAAUGAAGAUAGAAAGAUGCAAAAUAGAUUCAUGUGUUCAAUAUGUCUGAACAGAAAGGUUUCCCAGGAGGAGUACAUCGAUGUCGAAUGCUGCAAGAGAAAAUCCAAAUCUUGUCCACGAUGUCAGAAACAAGACGAAGAUGAUGAAUUGAGAAACACUAAUAGGAAAAACAGGGAAGGCAAUGGAAAACACAUACAGACAUCACAACCAGACGUUACCCAAGGAUUGACACUGUUAAACGAGGUACUUACAGUGUUCCAAAAUAAAAAACAAGUGGAAAUCAAAAAUAAAUCCAAAACUGUUAUAUUCAAAGACGCUUGCGUUGGUACGGAAGAUGUCCAGAAUAAAAAUUACCUGUCCGUUAGUAAGAUAUUGCAAUACUCGAUUGAAAGUCGCCAAGCAAAUGAAAAUGUACUUUAUUCCGUGGUAUGCUGUCACCCGGAAACAGCCAAAUCACAAUAUCCGCUCGAUUUGACCAAACGUAAGUCGUCUUCUAUACCACAAAUGAAAUUGGAGGAACUGAAGCAAUCUAUGAAAGAAAAAACGAAAUCCAAAGACGCCAUCGAGGAGAUUAACAGAAUGUUCGCGGUUGUGCGCAAAAACGAUGACAAAAGUUGCGAUUCAAACAGGCCGUUGAUAAGAAACGGCCCUAGAGUUUUGCCGGUUGUAAAAACACACCAUUAUCAAACUGAUAAACCACUGGCGAAAUGUCAAUGUUGCCAGACCAAUUAUCAAAUGUCCAGCGGUGAUAACGUAAAACAGCACGAGUGUUGCCAUAACUCGGGCAACAAUUGCGCCCAUUUAUGCUGUCACUGUCUUAAGAAUGAGCAGUCCAACACAUGCAUAGUAUGUGAGCAAUGUGGCCACAAAGAAUACAGAAUACAGCAUACGGCCCAUGAAUGACUUUUGAUUUUUACAUAUACGUUGAAUUUUAAUAAAGUUUUACAAUAUUUUA